AUUCAAUUUUUAAUUUUGGCGUAUUUUUUGCAGGUUUGUUUGAAAGCUGGCUUGGAAACGAGUGCUUGGACAGUAUUCUCCCAUUUGGCGAUUUGGGGCUCGAUCGCAGCCUGGUUUUUAUUCCUGGCCAUGUACGCGAACUUCUGGCCCACAAUCCCGUUUGCGUCCGAAAUGACGGGCAUGGAGAACAUCACGUUUUCAUCGUUGGUUUUCUGGUUUGGAUUGGUGCUUUUCCCGGUGAUCGCCUUGUUUGGAGACAUUGUUUUCAAAGUGAUCAAGACGACUGUUUUUAAGACGAUGGCGGAAGCAGUUCGUGAGAGCGAAAUUUUGAAGAAGGAUCCUGGCAAAGUUCUAUUCAAGCAAAGAUUCACUGAGACAGCGAGGUUGCUGAAGAAUGUGAAAAAUGUGUUCAGAAGAACCCCGACGAGGGCGGAUUUGGAGGUUGAACUCGCACACGGCUAUGCCUUCUCGCAGGAAGAACACGGGGUAGUCCCACAGUCUGAGGUCAUCCGAGCAUAUGACACGACCCAGCCGAAGCCCGGAGGCAUGUGACGAGACUGUGUCGAUUUGCGAAAAAAAAAAAAAUCUCCCCCGAGUGAAAGAAAAAAAAAAUGCAUUCCCGGAACAAAACAAGAAAAGCGCACCAACACGAAGUGCCAAUAUCGAGACAAGGCCCAAGUGCCAAUUUAGUCGCUCGUUUGCUCGCUGUUUCGACCCCCGUCCCUACCCCUCAUCUCCGUGACGAGUUGCCGACCCUAAUUUAGAUCAAAACAAGCAAAAAAAGAGGUAGGCAGUCGAUGGCUUUCAAUUUAUUUGCGACUGACUUUUUCCAUCGGAAUUUUGGAAACCAAGGUGUUUUUUUUUUCUUUUAAAUUUAUUUAUUUAUCUAAUUAGUCUCGAGAAGCCCCCUUUGUUUCAAUGGAGCCACCCGAGUUUUAUUGAUCGAGUUGUGUGUUUUUUUUCAAAGAAAAAUUCCGCCACUGAUGUUUUUAUUCUUUUUGUGAAGCUCUCGAGCGAAGAAUAUCAUGGAUUUGUUUCGGAGAGGAAGAAAGAAAAAUGCCUUGGCUUCCGAUCGCGUUUAUUACAUUCUGUGGAGGUGACGAAAUUCAAUUGAGAAGGUAUCAAUAAAACCCGAACAACCGAAGAAAAAAAAUUUACUCGAGCGCCGAUUUGAUGUGUAAGAAAAAAGCAGAACAAAUCGAAGAAAAAUUACGUAGUAAUCGCAGGUCUUUUUUUUUGGUCGGGAUCUCGUUGAUGUUAUAUGAGUUCGAAGAUGACUAUUUUUUGAUCUCAGCUUUCCCUCGCGUAUGCAUUAUAAAACGAAAGCUUGUUGGUGCAAUCAGUGUGGGCUUGAUGUUUGGCUUUGCUGCACGCAAAAAUUAUACUUCGUAGCGGGUAAUGAGAGAACUGCUGAAAAAUUGGCAGGUGCGUUGUUUGUUUUUUGGCGAUGAAACGAAAGGUUUUUUUGUGCUUUUUUGUAUGCCGUAUUUAUGCGAGUGCGAGACGAGAAUUUUUCUUGAUUUUUCGACGUUCUGAAGAUCCUGAAUGAUUUGAGAUUGAGUUUUUCAUUAAGCGUAGAAAACUCAUGCUAACUUUUCGACUGCGAUUACCGUGAAGCUUUUCGUCACUAUUUAGUAAAGGUAAAGGUUUUGUAAAACUUAGUAAAGGUGAACAAAAUUCGAUUCAGAGAAUUCUUUUUUUUUAACUCGUUUUGUCAACCUUUUUAAUUUUUUUUCAACUUAGUGACGGUUAACAAAAUUCAAUUGGAUGAAUGCGUUUUGUCAAGUUUUCUUCAACUUAUUUUUUGUUGCGCAAUGAAACGUUGUAACCGUAAGAAAAAUUCGAUUGAGAAAAUUAGUUUUGUCAAGUUUUUUGUCUCAUGUUUUUAAAUUUACUGACGGUGAACAAAAUUCGGUUGAGAGAAUUAAGUUUGUCAAGCUGUUCGUCCAAUUUUUCGGAACGUAGUCACGGUAAAAAUCCCAUUGAGAGAAUUCAUUUUUUCUAUUCGUUUUGUCAAAUCUUUUUUCGAAGCGUAGUGACGAAAAGAAAAAUCGAUUGAGAGAAUUUCUUUUGUCGAGCUUUUUGUAAACUUUUUUUUGUCCUAUGAACAGUAGUAACGGUAAACAAAAUACAAUUGAGAGGAUCCAAUAAACCUUUUCUUACGGGCUGAUGUUUCAUGUAUAUCUUGACGGAAAAUUUUCCCGUGAGAAAAUUUCCGUUAUUUUUCUUUUCAUCAAUUAUAGAUUUUGUCUUAUUGAAAAAGAAAUCCUGAAAUUUAAUUUCUUGACAAAUUGAAUUUGAAAAGUUCAUUACCGUCUUGCAUUCGCGUAAAUACGGUAUUUCGGAACCGAUGUACGCAAAUGAGUUCCAAUUCAUUCGAGAAAGAAAAAAAUACUUGAAAAAGCGUUGUUUCAAUUUGAUUAGGCCAAUAAGCAGCUGCACAGCCGACGAGAAAUCUUCAUCGUUGCAUGUCAUUUGUUGCCUAAUUGUUUUGUAAUCCUCUGUCUUUCUUUAAAAGAGAGCGAAAACGGGAGAAAACAAUCUUUGAAAGAAAUAUUGUUAAAAAUUUAAUUUUGUUGGCGUCGGAUACGUUGAUUUGCUGUACAGUACUUGGUUACCUGGUUGUGAUAAGUACCCGUGUUUCAUGAUUCACUUGGGGAUUUUUUAUUUUAUUGGGGUUUUAAGUGUGUUUUUCUCCCCUCCCUUUCUAACCCGAAUUCUUUUGAAUAUAUAUUUUGUUUUAAAAGGGUUGUGCUUGAAUUCGGCAUUGGGUUAAAUUUGUCGUUCCUUUUUUUUUUUUAAUGACCUGGUGCUUUCCGCUGAAAUUCGUGGUGAGGUGAAAAAUGAACUAUUUGUUUAUCCUUGCGGGGUUUUUUUCAGUGUUGAGCCGACGUUUUGGUGUGUGAGGCAACUUUUGAAAUGGCGCGGGGGGUAAUUUAGGUUUCAAUAUAAGUUGAGAGAUUUAUGUUGUUGUGACAACCUGGUUUUAUUUUGAGAACCUGUCUUUUUUAUUUUAGUCUGAGAUAUUUGCGAUGGAAAGAAAGAUGUGUUUGUUCCAGUGAUUUAAUUUUCAGGUCAGACAUGCUUUAUUUUUUAUUUUCUUUUUUUUGAAUUUUACAAAUUUGACUUGCCUGCUUCAAGUAACGCUUGUUUGAACAGUCACCAAGAAUUUCAGUGGACUUCUUGAUGAUAUUCAGUAAAGUUAAUAAAGCUUUUUUUGAUAUGUUGGGUUGUCACAUCAAUAGAAAAGCACUUGUUUAUUUUCUGAGAAAUUGGUAAAGGGAAAAUUUUUGAAAUCACAAACUAGUCUGAGUUGAUCAAGAGGGAAUUCAUGAAGAAAGCGAUGUUUUUCUCAAACCUUUCUCCGCCAACCGCGCAGCUGUUUAAUUAUUUUUCCAUGGCAUUUGCACAUUUGAGACAAUGAGUGCAAUUAACCGCGAGGAAAUCAUUAUUUCUGUGCCGGAAACUGGUUAUUAUUUGGGUUUUUGAUUCUAAAAAGAAAAAAAUCUUGUGAAAUUCGGAGGACUUUGAAAUGCUUUUUGGUGUUGCGGCUUGAAUUUUUUUAAUUUGUGGCGCGGGAGAGAAAGAGAAUGCGUUCCAAUUGUUUUUCGUGUGCUUGAAUAUACGAACAACAGUGCAUCGGUUAA